ACUUCACAAGCCCACUCACAGACCAAACUGCCAGUAGCAUCGCACACCGUUCAGCGAAGUAAUGACAUCUCGUGAUGCCGAGGUACGCUAACCCUUGACACGGUCGGGUCGAGUCUGUUCGGGAUAGUGGCUGCUUGUCGACAUGGGUAGACAACAGCUCCCCUCUUUGCACGCCGGCGGAACCGCAGCGCUGUACGUUGACCAGGAAAACGAUAAGAUAGUCAUCCUGUUGUUGCGCAUACGUUGCACCUCCUACGGUUUGGAACCUUGAGUCUCUUGAGUUGCAAACAUGUCCGUCGCACUUCAACGAAUAUCCCAGCUCCUCACCGUGUCCAUUGGCAAUGUCGCGCUCAAUCCCCUUGUCACAGCAGGCCUUCUCUGGGUGCUGACGAAAGGGCCUCCUGAGCUGCGUGGCCAACUAACUAGCCGGGUCGCGGCUCUUCGUGAUCCUCACAGCUAUGCGCAGAUACUCAAGGCUCUGAAAUGGUGUCUCGCACUAGGCGUCACAAGCGUUUUGAAUAAGCAGCUCAACCAUGUUGCGUUGAAUGCAGGGCGGUUCAGCACAACGUGGAAGAGUGAGAAGGCGAGAUGGAACUGGAGUCAAGAAGUUGCUGUGAUCACGGGAGGAUGCAGUGGUAUUGGGGAGUUGGUUGUGAAGAGAUUGGUUGAUAAAGGCAUUACGGUUGCGGUAUUGGAUAUCCAAAAAUUACCACCUAGUCUGCAUGGAUCCGGAAGCAUCAAAUUCUUCGCCUGCGACAUCACAGACCCAUCAGCCAUCUACUCCACAGCAGAGAAGAUAAACUCCACUCUCGGGCCCCCAACCAUUCUCAUCAAUAAUGCUGGUAUCCUGGCCACUCACACCAUCCUCAACACCUCAGACGAAUUCCUCAGAAGAAUCUUCGACGUCAACGUACUCAGCAACUGGUACACGAUCAAGGCUUUCCUACCCAACAUGGUAAAGGCAAACAAAGGCCACAUCAUAACCAUCGCCAGCACCGCAUCCUACGCCGGCGUAGCCGGCCUCGCAGACUACGGUGCGACCAAAGCAGCCAUACUCUCCUUCCACGAGUCUCUCAGCCAAGAGCUCAAACACCACUACGCCGCGCCCAACGUACUCACUACGUCUAUACACCCGGGCUGGGUCCGCACUCCGCUUCUUGCGCCCAUGGAGCAGGAGCUGAAGCAGCGUGGGGCGGCGAUUAUCGAGCCCAAGGACGUGGCGGAUGCGGUGGUUGCGAGUGUGGAGAGGUGUGCUGGGGGUCAUGUGUUUUUGCCGGCGAGUUUAGGUGGGACGACUGCUUUGUUGAGGGGGUUGCCGAGUUGGGUGCAGGAGCUUGUGAGGGAUGGGGUUACUAAGACGAUCUAUAAGAGUGCGAAGUAGAGGAAAGAAAGGGGAGAAGGUGUCAUUUUUGUUCCUCGAUAGUGUUCCUCAUCUUUGUGUUAUAUAUGAACCUAAAAAAUGUACAUGGACGUGGAGAGUAGCGAAGGGAUAACAGAAAUUGUUAAUGGCUAUCAUGGAGUUACUCUGCUGUUAUGGGGUAAGAAGUUGCUGAGCACACGAUAGCUGAAAUCGUGUAAUCGAGGAUGGUACUCCUGCUCAUCGAUGAUUUGCUGAGAUUGGGAACUCAUGCAGCCUAGGAGGGUAUGUGGUGGGACACGACCCCAAUGCGGAUACUUGGUUCUUCUUUCGGUAGGUCUAGUAGAAAGGUGUUGAAAACUGUAUGCAGU